GACCCCUUGGCCAGCCCCCACCCCCUUCCCUCCAGCACACCCACCCUUCCCCACUUUUUUUUCCCUUUUGCAAUCACAUGGUAUUUUAAGAAUGCUGGAAAGAUGGCGGUAGCAGCAGCAGCAGCUUCGGCAGCGCCGGCGGGGGGAGGCGGUGGCCGGGGGCAGCGGAGCGGGCUGCUGGAAGUUUUGGUGCGGGACCGUUGGUACAAAGUUCUGGUGAACUUGAACGAGGACGCCCUGGUCCUGAGCAGCGAGGAGGGCGCCGGAGCUUACAACGGCAUCGGGGGCGGCGGAACCACCAAUGGGUCUUUCUGCCGGAGCAGUGGCGGUGCGGCCAGUGGCCACGGCCCCGGAGUUCCCGGGGGCAGCGGCGGCGGUGGGGCUGGGAGCGGGAACCAGUCCCUGGACACCCCUGUGCAGCCGAGCGGGGGCAGCCCCCAAGUGGGAGUCCGCACUGCCUUCACUGACCUGCCAGACCAAGUGCCCGAGUCCAUUGCCAACCAGAAGCGGGGCGUGAAGGUGCUGAAACAGGAGCUCGGGGGGCUGGGCAUCAGCAUCAAGGGGGGCAAAGAGAACAAGAUGCCUAUCCUCAUCAGCAAGAUUUUCAAGGGGCUGGCGGCCGAUCAGACCCAGGCCCUGUACGUGGGGGAUGCGAUCCUGUCUGUGAAUGGAGCCGACCUGAGGGACGCCACCCACGACGAGGCAGUUCAGGCACUCAAACGAGCGGGCAAAGAGGUGCUGUUGGAAGUGAAGUACAUGCGAGAAGCAACUCCCUAUGUGAAGAAGGGUUCUCCAGUGUCAGAGAUUGGAUGGGAGACUCCCCCACCUGAAUCCCCACGGUUAGGAAGCACCAACUCGGAUCCGCUGUCAUCACUCUCCCUCUCAUUUCACCGAGACAAAAAAUGCAUCCCACUCAAAAUGUGCUACGUGACUCGGAACCUGGCUCUGAAUGACCCUGAAGACAGACAUCUUGAAAUCCAUUCACCCGAUGCUAAACACACUGUCAUCCUGCGGAGCAAAGACUCAGCCACGGCCCAGGCGUGGUUCAAUGCCAUCCAUGCCAACGUUAGCGACCUGCUUACAAGGGUCAUCGCAGAGGUCAAAGAGCAGCUGGGGAAAAGUGGCAUCCCUGGGAGCCGAGAGAUCAGACAUCUAGGCUGGCUUGCAGAAAAGGUGCCAGGAGAGAAUGAGAAGAACUGGAAGCCAGCGUUGGUUAUGCUGACCGAGAAGGACCUCUUAAUCUAUGACAGCAUGCCUCGAAUAAAGGAAGCCUGGUUCAGCCCCGUUCAUACGUACCCUCUGCUGGCUACCAGAUUGGUCCAUUCAGGUCCUGGAAAAGGAUCUCUACAGGCAGGGGUGGAUCUGUCCUUUGCGACUCGGACCGGUACCAGGCAAGGAAUUGAAACCCAUCUCUUCCGAGCUGAGACCAGCAGAGACCUUUCCCAGUGGACAAGAAGCAUAGUCCAGGGCUGCCACAACUCAGCCGAGCUCAUAACUGAAGUCACCACCUCAUGCACAUACAAAAACCAGGAGUGCCGUCUGACCAUACAUUAUGAGCAUGGAUUCUCCAUCACCACUGAGCCACAGGAGGGUGCCUUCCCCAAGACAAUCAUUCAGGCUCCCUAUGAAAAGCUCAAAAUGUCUUCAGACGAUGGGAUCAGGAUGCUUUAUUUGGACUUUGGAGGAAAGGACGGAGAGAUUCAAUUGGACCUUCACUCCUGCCCCAAACCUAUUGUGUUCAUCAUUCAUUCCUUCUUGUCAGCUAAGAUUACAAGGCUUGGGUUGGUGGCAUGAAUGGAGGAGUAAUGCUUUCCACAAGAAGAAGCAGAACCACCAUGCUUACUGGAAGUAUGAUCCACCCAUCCAUGCUAGGUGCUAGCCAGCCACCAGCAGUGCCCCAGGGGGAGCAGAGGACAUUGGUUGUCUGGUCUAGCUAGUCCCGGUUACUCUCUGAGGCAUCGCUUUCAGUGUAGUCAAACACAAAGAAACUACGUUUAAGAAAAAAGCAUCACCUGGAAUUUCAGAACAAGUUUCUUUAGUUGAGGAAAAUGUCCUUUUUAUUGGGGGCAAUAAACAGCUUGUACAUACUGACAAAAGGGGCUUUUAAAAGUUCAGUGAUUUGAAAUGAUUUAAAAUAUACUGUACAAUAAAAAUCAGCAUAUUACUGUGUGCUCACA